CCAGCCUGUCCCGGCCCGAAGUGUGAACGCGAGUCAUGGCGGCGGUGCCGACCGGCAGGGAGAGAGUAUAGUGUGUGUGUAUGUGUGUACACAGAAUAAAAACUGUCGUGGUCGACAGCCAAACUGAAAAUAAAGAGAGAAAAGUGGGGGGAAAAUACAGAGGAAAAAAAAAGGAACGGGGCACGAGACACAGCAAAUAACACUCAAGGAGAAGAAGACGAGAGUCGCCGGAAACGUGGGGUUCUCAUUUGGAGAAUAAGAAGUUUCGGAAUCACUGUGGAACGAUAAAUAAGUUUUAUUUCGGAAGAGGAUCUCAGUAGUUUUCAAGCUUGAGUGAAGGUUCUCAUCUGAUAGUUUCCUUUUCAAACCUGGAAAUGGAGGGUCACGGUGACGAGGACAGCGUCAGUAACAGUAGUGGAGACUCUAGCCAAUCAGACAAGGAAUCUGGCUCAAGUUCUGGGAGUAGCAGUGAUGGAAGCAGCAGCCAAUCAGAUAGCAAUGACUCCAGUGGCUCUGAUAGCGGAUCAGACUCAGGCAGCCAAUCUGAUUCUGAUUCAUCUGGUUCAGAAAGUAAUACGUCAUCAUCCAGAGGAAAGAGACCAGUUGAGAGCAAAGUCCCAAAAUCUGAUGGAGCAGAGUUUUGGAAAUCCAAUCCAAGUAUUUUAGCUGUGCAGCGAUCUGCCAUGAUAAGGAAGCAGCAACAACUUCAACAACAACAGCUUUCUUCAAACGACAGUUCAGAGCAGGAAUCAUCAAGCAGUGAGGAUUCUGAUGAUGAUUCAUCCUCAGAGAACACUGCCAAACAUGUGAAACGCAGAGAUGAAGACUGGCACAUGUCUGGUUCUGGUUCUGAGGAGGAGGAGGAAGAAGAUCGAGAGAAGAGUACCUCAGGAGACAGCGAGUCAGACUACCAGCCCAACAACAAAGUAAAAAGCAGAAAGCCUCAGAACAGGAUCAAAACAAAAAAAAUGAAGAAAGGAAAGGGACUGAAGAGACCAGCUGAAUCAUCAGACGACGAUGAUGAAGAACAUGAUAAGAGGGGUUCUCGUCGUCAGGCAACAGUUAAUGUUAGCUACAAGGAAGAUGAGGAUGCUAAAACAGAUUCAGAUGAUUUACUUGAAAUCUGUGGGGAGGAUCUCCCUCCACCCCCAGAGGAAGAAGAAGAAUUUGAGACAUUAGAGAGAGUAAUGGAAUCACGAGUAGGACGGAAAGGAGCAACUGGUGCUGCCACCACCACCUAUGCAGUAGAGGCUGAGGGUAAUCCCAAUUCUGGGUUUGACCCCUUGAGGGAGGUUGGAGAACGGCAAUAUCUGAUUAAAUGGAAGGGCUGGUCCCAUCUCCACAACACCUGGGAAAGUGAAGAAACACUUUUACAACAGAAUACAAAAGGAAUGAAGAAAUUAGAGAACUAUAAGAAGAAGGAGGAGGAAACCAAACGAUGGUUGAAAAUGGCAUCUCCCGAAGAUAUAGAAUACUUCAACUGUCAACAGGAGCUGGUGGAUGACUUGCACAGGCAAUAUCAAUUUGUGGAACGAAUAAUUGCACACUCCAACCAGAAAUCUGCUUCGGGGCAUCCAGACUACUUGUGCAAAUGGCAAGGCCUUUCGUACUCUGAGUGCAGUUGGGAAGAUGGUGCUCUUAUGUCCCGAAAGUUUCAGUCACACAUCGAUGCAUAUACAAACCGUAACCAAUCCAGAUGCAUCCCCUUGAAGGAGUGCAAGGUUUUGAAGCAAAGACCCAGGUUUGUUACACUGAAGAAGCAGCCAGCGUAUAUUGGAAGUGCUGAUGUAUUGGAGCUCCGCGAUUAUCAGUUAAAUGGUUUAAAUUGGUUGGCACACUCCUGGUGCAAGAACAAUAGCGUCAUUCUCGCUGAUGAAAUGGGUCUUGGGAAAACCAUACAAACCAUCUCCUUCCUCAGCUACGUGUUCCAUGAGCACCAGCUGUAUGGUCCUUUCCUAUUAGUAGUUCCGCUCUCAACACUCACUUCCUGGCAACGAGAAAUUGAGAUGUGGGCGCCUGAAAUGAAUGUCGUGGUUUACUUGGGGGACAUCAGUAGCCGUAAUAUGAUAAGAACAUACGAAUGGAUGCAUCCUCAGACUAAGCGAUUGAAAUUCAAUAUCUUGUUGACAACGUAUGAGAUUUUGCUGAAGGACAAGUCAUUCCUUGGAGGUGUAAAUUGGGCUUUCAUUGGAGUGGACGAAGCCCAUCGUCUGAAGAAUGAUGACUCUCUCCUUUAUAAAACCAUGAUGGACUUUAAGUCGAAUCACAGGCUGCUCAUAACUGGGACUCCACUCCAAAACUCACUCAAAGAGCUCUGGUCUCUCCUUCACUUCAUCAUGCCAGAAAAAUUUUCUUCCUGGGAAGUGUUUGAAGAGGAACAUGGUAAAGGAAGAGAAGUUGGGUACACAAGCCUUCACCGGGAAUUGGAGCCAUUCUUGCUGCGUAGAGUGAAAAAGGACGUUGAAAAGUCUCUACCUGCUAAAGUUGAACAAAUCUUGCGAGUGGAAAUGAGUGCAGUCCAAAAGCAAUACUAUAAAUGGAUUUUAACCAGGAAUUACAAAGCUUUGAGCAAAGGGAGUAAAGGCAGCACUUCUGGCUUUCUCAAUAUCAUGAUGGAACUUAAAAAGUGUUGCAACCAUUGCUACCUCAUUAAACUGCCAGAAGAUAAUUUCUAUAAUAGACAGGAGGCCUUACAGCAUUUGAUCCGUAACAGUGGGAAGCUGAUACUGUUGGACAAGCUACUUUGUCGACUAAAGGAGCGAGGCCACAGAGUCCUUAUUUUUUCUCAGAUGGUUCGGAUGCUGGACAUUCUAGCAGAAUAUUUGAAAUGCCGACAGUUUUGUUUCCAGCGAUUAGAUGGAUCUAUUAAGGGAGAGCUGAGGAAACAAGCACUGGACCACUUCAAUGCAGAAGGAUCAGAUGACUUCUGCUUUCUGCUGUCAACCAGAGCGGGAGGGUUGGGUAUAAACCUGGCAUCUGCAGACACUGUAGUUAUUUUUGAUUCAGACUGGAAUCCACAGAAUGAUUUACAGGCGCAAGCAAGAGCUCACAGAAUUGGUCAGAAGAAACAGGUUAAUAUAUAUCGGCUAGUCACAAAGGGGACAGUAGAAGAAGAGAUAAUUGAAAGAGCAAAGAAAAAGAUGGUGCUGGAUCACCUUGUUAUACAACGAAUGGAUACAACAGGGAAAACUGUGCUACACACUGGUUCCAAUCCUACAAAUUCUACUCCUUUUAAUAAAGAAGAGCUGGCAGCUAUCCUGAAGUUUGGAGCUGAGGAACUCUUCAAAGAACCUGAAGGAGAGGAACAAGAACCACAGGAAAUGGAUAUUGAUGAAAUCCUUUGUCGUGCUGAAACUCGAGAGAAUGAACCUGGGCCUACCACUGUGGGAGAGGAGCUACUGUCCCAAUUCAAGGUGGCAAAUUUUUCCACAAUGGACGAUGACCUUGAACCUCAGCGGAAUAUCAAGGACUGGGAUGACAUUAUUCCUGAAGCUCAACGAAGAAGGAUGGAAGAAGAAGAACGACAGAAGGAACUUCAAGAGAUCUACUUACUUCCUCGAAUGCGCAACUGUGCCAAACAGGUUAGUUUUAAUGGAAGUGAAGGGAGGCGCAGGAGGAGGCGUUCUUCAGAGUCGGACAGUGACUCAGUUUCUGAAGGGAAGCGUCCCAAAAAACGUGGGAGACCUCGAACAAUUCCUCGUGAAAAUAUUAAAGGUUUUAGUGAUGCUGAAAUUCGCAGGUUUAUCAAGAGUUACAAGAAGUUUGGUGGACCUCUGGAAAGAUUAGAAGCGAUUGCACGAGAUGCUGAAUUGGUAGAUAAGUCGGAGGUGGACCUCAGGCGGUUAGGAGAGAUGGUACAUAACGGUUGUAUUAAAGCUCUACGAGAGUCCACGGGACAGGAGAAGACAGCUGCCAGACGUGGUAAAGUGAAGGGACCAACGUUCCGAAUCUCAGGUGUUCAGGUGAAUGCUAAGCUAGUCAUCGCUCAUGAAGAGGAAUUGGCACCUUUGCACAAAUCCAUUCCAUCAGAUCCAGAGGACAGGAAGAAAUACACCAUCCCAUGUCACACUAAAGCAGCUCACUUUGAUGUGGAGUGGAACAAGGAAGAUGACUCAAAUCUUUUAAUAGGCAUCUAUGAGUAUGGCUAUGGAAGCUGGGAAAUGAUUAAAAUGGAUCCUGACCUCAAUUUAACGCACAAGAUUUUGCCUGAUGACCCAGAUAAGAAACCUCAGGCCAAACAAUUGCAGACCAGAGCUGACUACCUCAUCAAAUUACUUAGUAAAGACCUGGCCAGGAAGGAGGCACAGAGGCUUGCAGAGGCUAAUUCGAAAAAAAGGAAGCCAAGGAACAAAAGGAGUAAAGCUGUAAAAAUUGUUAAGAUAGAAGAGGUUAGAAGUGACUCAUCACCGCCACCACCCUCAGUCAAAAGUUCAGAUGAAGAAGGAGAGAUCAAGGAUGAUGCUGCUGCAGGAACAAAGUCCACCAAAAGGAAAUUGAAAACAGAAAAAGAAAAUGAAGAGAAAGUAGAGCAAGAAAUUGUAAUUAAGAGAGAGGCUGAAGAGAAAGAAAUCAAAAAAGAGCCAAAAGAAACAAGAAAAGACAAAAAAGAAAAGGAUGAAAAGAAAGAAACAAGAGAGAAAGAUGUCAAGAAAGAAAUUAAAGAAAAGGAGGAUAAGGAUAAAGAACCCAUUUAUAAAGAUAAAGAAGUAAAAGAAGAGAAGGUAAUUGAAACGAAAUCAGAGAUGAAGGAGAAACCUAAAAAGACUGAUGUCCCAGUUCAUAUUACAGCAAGCAAUGAUCCUGUUCCCAUUACAGAAGAGGCAGAAGAACUUGAUCAAAACACAUUUAGUAUUUGUAAGGAAAGAAUGAGACCUGUAAAGGCGGCAUUGAAACAGUUGGACAGGCCUGAGAAGGGCCUCUCAGAGAAGGAGCAGCUGGAGCAUACCAGGCAGUGCCUGAUUAAAAUCGGAGACCAUAUCACUGAGUGUUUGAAAGAGUACUCAAAUCCGGAACAAAUCAAACAAUGGAGAAAAAAUCUCUGGAUCUUUGUUUCGAAGUUCACAGAAUUUGACGCAAGAAAGCUACACAAACUAUACAAGCAUGCAAUCAAGAAACGACUGGAGAACUCUCGGCAUAAUGAUCAGCACAGCAGUAGCCUCAACAUCCACAAUGCCAAACACACAGAAUCUGAAAAACCUAAGGAGAAUUCUCACAAUGAUGAUAGCAGUAGGGAUAGCCAUUCAUCUGAACGACACCACUCAUCACAUUAUCACGACCAUCACAGAGAUCGGCACCAUGGAGAUUCCUAUCGGAAAAGUGAUUCCUCAAGAAAAAGACCAUAUUCCUCAUUUAGUAAUGGCAAAGACCACCGAGAUAGAGAUCAUUACCGAUCUGAAAGCAGAUACUACAGUGAAAGCAAGCACAGAAAGCUUGAUGAUCACAGAAAUCGUGAUCAUCGGUCCAGCCUGGAGGCCAGUUCAAAGGAGAGUAGGUCACAUGCAGAUCACAGAUCUCAUUCAGAUCACCGAUCCAGUUCAGAGCAUCGAUCCCAUUCAGAUCAUCGAUCCAGUUCAGAAUACUCAGGCCAUCACAAAUCCUCUAGGGAUUAUAGAUACCACUCAGACUGGCCAGUGGACCACAGGCCAUCUGGUAGUGGGCCAAGGUCACCCUUGGAUCAGAGGUCCCCUUAUGACUCCAGAUCACCAUUGGAACACAGAUCUCCCCUUGAAUACUCCUCUGAUCACAAAAGUACCCCAGAGCACAUCUGGAACAGCCGUAAAACAUAACAGAGCAUGUGAUGCCCUGUCUUCACCCAAUGCAGCCAUAAAAAAGUGAACACAGUAAAUGCCUUAUGUGACUUAAAACGUGCAGACAAGAGCUGCUUCUCGAGCAGCAGUAUUGUUACUCCUCCUUACAGGUUGCAAGUUUGUUAUCUCAAGAAGAAAAUAUUUUUGUAUUGAGGUUAAUGCUGUACUGUGCUACAAUCUCUGUGGCAUGUUUUGUUCCUUUUUUUUUAAAUUCAAAGAUGGACAUGUUUACUACUGCAUAUAUCGGAAAACUGCCCCAAACACACUGGAUCGUAGUAUUCAUUCUUCUCCAAUCUGGACGCCUUCAGCCUAAUCAACCUGAAUUACGUGUUGAAGAACAACAAAAUUUAAAUCCAUUUUAAGACAAGAUUAUGCAGGAACUUAGGGAUGGAGUAAAAUUUUAGGCUGUUCAAAAGGCAGAGGACUCUGGUUCACCUUCCAAAGUUAUUUGUAUUGAGUCUGUUUACAUUUUACACUGCGACCAUAUUGCCCAGUUCUCGGCAAGCUUGAAUAUUUAAAUUCUGUACUUACAACUGUAAAAUAUUUUUUUGUUGAUCAAUUGUAAUGCCUUUGAAGAUAUACUACUGUAAAUUAUUGUAAAUUUAGUGAAUUGAAUCUGAGCUUUUUUUCUUCUCAGGCUUUUUUGACAACUUUCCUUUCCCCACCAACUCAGGCCUUCACAUCAUGAGUAUAAAAUCCGUGUAGUACAGUUUUUAAUUAAUUGUCAUUGAUAAAAUUGCUAUUUAGAAUGUAAAAGGGGAAAGGGAAGAUCAGUUCCAUUAUAUUUAGUCCUGUAGUGCUUUUUUUUAUUGAUAACUUGUAUUAGAAAUGUGUUUAUUUACUUUAAAAUGUCAGUGUUGUGAUUGCUGUAGUAACUAAAUAGUGCAAAGAAAUUCCUUACAAAUCCAGAUGUCAGAUUAUAGUUUGAGAUACAUUUUAUAAGCAGAGAGCAACUUCUUCCUCCCCUUAAGAUCCCACCUGCAACAAGAACAAUAAAGUGUGCUGAAUUUGGUAACACCCCUAUUCUUGUUUUCCCUAUUCAAAUGGGCAAUAAUAUGAAAUGAUGUGCUAUGCAUUCAAUGAAUUUCCAAUGUAUUGGUAAACUGGGAAAACUAGAUGUUGUUAUAAUGCACCCCAAUGUAAAUAUAUACUAUAUAUUACAAAUUAAAUUUACAGAUAAAUGUGUGGAUUUCUGACAUCUUUUUCACCAUGCAAGAAAAAUGUCAGAUUUGUACAAACCCAACAAAUUCAUAAGUCUCUCUUCCCAUCCCUUUUGUUUUGCCAGAACGUAUCAAAGACUUUUUAAUAAAGUAAUUUUGUAACUCUCCCAUGCAAAUGUGUGGUUCAAAUUGGUAAGCAUUGACAGCUGUGCCAAGUGAUAUUGGAGUAGAAAACAUAACUGUGAAUAAAUAAUUACACAGAACUGUUAUAGAGAUGUACAUAUAAUUUUAUAUGCAAAUAUAUUGUGAUCUGAAAAAUCUGUGAUCUAUGCCAUUCAAUCUCAUAUGCCCCACCCCUAAAUGUGUGAUAAUUCAAUGAGAAAUGAUCAACACCGUUCUUUUACUUAGGCACAAGAAGUAUUUUUGUAGUUCCGUAAAAUAGUUACAUUAAUGUGUUAAAGGGCUGGAUAAAUGAUAUUCUAUUACAUAACAUAAUUAUGAUAUAGAAUAAAAUGUGGGAAGGCUGUACCUCAAUCAAAUGAUUCUGAUGAUGUAUUAAAUGUUGAGACCAAA